AUGGUGACACAAAAACCAAGCAGCACAAGGGGUUGGCACAAAAACAUGGGCACUUUGGUGGGGCAUGUAGCACCUGGAUUUGGUUUCUUUGUCAUUGGGCUAUGGCACCUGCUUAACCAUAUCAAACUCUAUUAUCUCCAACCAAAAUCGUACACCUCUUUGCCAUGGUUUCCCACUUCCAAAAUAAGGUACUUAGAGCUCUUCUUCAUCAUGGGAGGUUGCUCCAUGUCCAUAGCCAUGGAGCUUUUCAUUGGCCCCAAACGACAUCAACCGUUUGACCCCGAUGGCACCAUCCCCUCCAACCAUCUCCACAACUUUGAGCACUCCAACAUAUCAGUAACUUUCUUUGUUUAUGCAGCUUUCUCUCUCCUCCUCGACAAAAUUGGGCCUCCGGCCCAAUACAGCCUUUCCCAAUUGCUUGGAGCCAUUGCCUUCGGCCAACAACUCCUCCUCUUCCACUUCCACUCUGCUGAUCACAUGGGUGUUGAGGGCCGAUACCAUUGGCUUCUUCAAAUUGUCAUCUUUUUAUCUCUCCUCACCACCCUUAUUGGCAUAGGGUACCCUAACAGUUUCUUGGUCAGCUUUGUGAGGUCUCUGAGUAUUCUGUUCCAAGGGUUGUGGCUCAUAGCCAUGGGGUUUAUGCUUUGGACACCAGAAUUAAUACCUAAAGGUUGCUUCAUGAACUUGGAAGAAGGUCACCAAGUUGUUAGAUGUCAUGGCAAUGAAGCGCUCGAGCGUGCCAAAUCACUAGUGAACAUCCAAUUCAGCUGGUACUUAAUCGGAGUAACGAUUUUCGGGGUAUCGCUUUAUUUGAUUUUGCAUCAAAUUUAUGGCAAAAAGAUCGAAUAUGAAUCACUAGCAAAAUAUGAAGAGCAAGAAGAGGGAAAUUAUGAUGUUGAAGCCCAAAAAAACAGCAAACUCGGCGAGUCAAAGAGUUCUGUUCACAUGGGAAAAGUGUUUGCGCCAAUGGACAUAGAAAGGUGA